UCUUCGCUUUCUCUCUCUUGCCAGCCAGCCAGCUUACUUCUCUUUCUCUCUCAUCAAUGCCGCUCUUUCCUUUCUGAAUUCUCAACUCUAGAGAGAGAAACACAAACUAACGUUUUCUAGAGAGAGAGAGAAGGGGUAGUAGGGUAUACACAACACUACACACACAAACUCGCACCAAACAACAACAAUGGCUUCUUUGGAUAUCUUCCUCUUCUCUCUCAGUAGAACCUUCUGUACUCCUUUCGCCGUUUACAUUCAGAUCCAGGGAUGUUUUAUUUGCUUAUUGCUUGCUCUUGGGUGGGCUCUUGCUUCUUAUGUUAGGAACAGAGAGAUAAAACAAAUGAAGGAUGCUAUGAAGAAUGGAAAUAGUUUAUCUUUCCUUUGUCAUGACAUGAAUGAACUUGAGCACUCCUAUCAGGCCAAUCUUCCAAGAGUAACGGUAGUUAUGCCUCUGAAAGGGUUUGGGGAACACAAUCUCCACAACUGGAGGAGUCAGAUAACAUCUCUUUAUGGUGGCCCUAUAGAGUUUCUUUUCGUGGUAGAAAGCACAGAAGAUCCUGCUUACCGUGCAGUAUCACGGCUAAUAUCAGAAUUCGAGGAUGAUGUUGAUGUUAAGGUUAUCGUAGCUGGUUUAUCAACAACUUGUAGUCAAAAAAUUCACAAUCAAUUGGUUGGGGUGGAGAAAAUGCACAAAGACAGCAAGUAUGUAUUGUUUUUGGAUGAUGAUGUUAGGAUACAUCCUGGAUCAAUAGGAGCGCUCACUCGUGAGAUGGAGAAGAACCCUGAGAUAUUUAUUCAAACUGGAUAUCCUCUUGAUUUGCCAUCUGGAAGUCUAGGGAGUUACUGCAUCUAUGAAUAUCAUAUGCCUUGUUCUAUGGGAUUUGCCACUGGUGGGAGAACAUUCUUUCUGUGGGGAGGCUGUAUGAUGAUGCAUUCUGAUGACUUUAGACAAGAUCGUUAUGGUGUAGUCUCGGGACUUAAAGAUGGUGGAUAUUCCGAUGAUAUGACUCUUGCAGCCAUAGCUGGGGCUCAUAAAAGACUUAUUACUUCUCCCCCAGUUGCUGUCUUUCCUCACCCCCUUGCCAGUGAUCUUAAUUUUGGAAGAUACUGGAAUUACUUGAGGAAACAAACAUUUGUUUUGGAGUCGUAUACAACAACCGUUAACUGGGUGAUGAACCGUGCAUUGUUUGGUGUUCACUGCUAUUUGUCAUGGGGAUUUGUAGCACCAUUCUUUAUGGCAAUGAUUCAUCUCACAGCAGCAUUUAGAUUCUAUAGUUUGGGAUACUCACUUGAAGAAGUAACCUAUACUCCUGCUGGAUUAUCACUGGUGAGCUACCUAGCCAUAUGCACCAUUGUGGAACUUCUUUCAAUGUGGAACUUGACAAGGAUAGAAGUUCAACUAUGCAACAUGCUGUCUCCAGAGGCACCACAACUAUCUCUUGCUGCCUAUAAUUGGUGUCUUGUGUUCAUUGCAUUGUUAGUGGAUAACUUUCUAUACCCUCUAUCUGCGAUCAAGUCUCAUUUUUCUCAAUCAAUCAAUUGGUCUGGUAUUUGGUACUAUUUAAAAGAUGGAAAAAUUAUCAAGAUUGAAAGAACCGAAAGAGGCAAGGAUAUGACUCCAGUUUUCACAGACUUGGGAGGGAAACAUUUAUAUGGAAAGAAAGGUAUACCUGCCAAAGGUUCAUUCAUCAGUUCUUUGUCCAGAACUCUGGCGCAAUGGCAUCAACCCAAAAAAUUUGAUAACUAGGCAAAAGCUUCAAGCAGCUGUGUAUCAUUCUCUCACUUUUGAAGCAUGGGUGUUGGUAGAUCACAUUGAUCUCAUUUAUAGUUUGGUGCAAUUCUUGAUUGAUUGUUUUAGAUGAUGGUAGGAGUCCUAGUUCCAUUUUUUCAUUACCCAUUCAAUCCAUUAUUAUUUUUUAGUGCAAGCUUUGCCCCUGGCAUCAUUUUGUAAUUGUAACUGUUAUGUGAUAUAAUAUAUGGAACAGUACUAAAAAAUUGCAAAGUUUAUAAACAAGACAGGCAGUGAAUGAUUCACAUUA